AGCCGUGUGUUUUGGUUUGUCUGUAUGUAUGGGGCAAACAACGCUACAGAAACAACGCCAGUAAUGACCAAAUUCCGCUAUAAUGAAUACUUAUCGCAGUUUCGUAAUGCGAAUGGUAAUUGUAGGGUUCGUACGACGCGAGUGGAGAGGAGCGGACCGGGCAAUCACAGAGACGUAACGUCAGAGCAGGAGACGGAUGUGGAACCAUUGGUGGCCACCAUAAAGAAAGGAGAUGUGCACACAGUAAAUGAAUUGGCUGCUUCCUGUCCUCUCAGUCUGCUCAGUGAGAACAAAGAUGGAUGGAUUCCUUUGCACUAUGCUGCAUUUUGUGGAGAGACAGAAUGUUUGAAGACACUAUUAAAGGUCCACCCAGAUUCUGUGGACAAGCGAACGUUGCAGGAAGAGACAGCUCUGCUCCUCGCUGUGUCUCGUGAACAUUUGUCAUGUGCACAGUGCCUUCUGCAGUGUGGAGCUGACCCCGACAUUAGCAACAAAUACAAAGAGACCCCAUUGUUCAAAGCAUGUGAGCUGCAGAGCGUGGACAUGGUGAGUCUUCUUCUGUCCUAUGGGGCCACGGUGAACCAGCGCUGUGGCCACGCAUGGACUGCUCUUCUGGAGGCUGUGGCCAGGAACCACAUAGAAAUCUGUGAGAUGCUGCUGAACGCUGGUGCUUUCAUCAAUCCUCCUAACACUUACAGCAUAUCACCGCUGAAUGUAGCAGCCCAAAAGGGACACCUGAGGGCACUGUGUUUCCUUAUUACUAAAGGUGCUGACGUCAACAUGCAGACUUGUGACGGACUCACUGCAUUGCAUGAAGCCAGUAAAAAUGGCUUUAGGGAAAUUGUGGCGACACUGUUGAGUAAAAAUGCAGACGCAAAUAAGUGUUGUAACUCAGGUCUGCUUCCUCUCCAUGUCGCUGCACAAUAUGGACACCAUGAGAUUGUGUCCUUGCUCGUGCCUGUGACGAGUAGAGCCAGGCUGCGGCACAGUUGGAUCAGCCCCCUGCACCUGGCAGCUCAGCACAACAGACCCUCAGUGGCAGCUGUCCUGCUCCAGACAGGUGCAGAAGUCAACGCGCCUCUCCCCCACACGCACUCAGCUCGGUUUGCGGACCACCGAGCCACUUCCCUCUACUUCGCUGUGGCCCAUGGCAGCGCAGAAACAGCAGAGUUAUUACUGAAAGCGGGUGCAAGUGUAAAUGUAGACCCGGUCAGUCCUCUUCUUGUGGCUGUGAAGCGGGGCUGUGUCCGUACUGUGAACUUACUGCUGCAUGAAGGGGUUGAUGUCAAUGCCAAAAUCCCAUGUUACGCUACAACAUUCCCCACUGCUAUAGCCCUCUGUGAGAAUAAUCUGCCUCUACUCAAGUGCCUUUUGGACAAUGGUUGCGAUGCUCUCUCAUGUUUUACUUGUAUUUAUGGUGCUAAAAGACAUCCAGACACUGCAAACAUGUCUAGAUGCAUCUUUCAGAAUAGCAGUGCACUCAGUGUCACCUGCAGUGAACCACAUGGAAGGCCAAUGCAGUUCUGUGAGUGGCUGUUAUCAUCCGUAAUGUGUAAAUGGGCAGGACCCAUGGUAGACCUGCUGCUGGAGCAUGUGGGUCAGGUUCAGCUGUGCAGCAAGCUGACAGAGGUCUUAAGCAGCACAGAACAAUGGAGAGCUGUCAGGAGGAAGUCAUUGUCACCUCGUUCUCUGAUGCACCUUUGCCGAGUGAAGAUCCGGACUCAAAUGGGAGGACAGAUUGUGCGCUCAGUAGGGACCCUACCCCUGCCAAGGAGGAUGCUCUCAUAUCUGAGAUAUGACGUGACUGACUGAACCUGGUCCAUCACUUUAGUUUUUUGUUGUUGUUUCUUUUUGUUUUGAGUCAGCAGGACAAAGUGUAAUCACUCCACCAAAGCAAUUUGUCACUUUUUAAUCUAAGCUAUGUAUAAGUGGUGUGAUUGUAAAUUUUAUUGAAGA